UAUGACUUAUUCUCAACGCCGUUCCAGCUGGUAUACACGAGACUCCGAGGGAUGAAUUCACAUUUCACAAAUCACAAUUUUAGAAUGUUCAAUGGAAGACGGGCACGGGACCCGCAGAUCUUCAAAAACAUAAUACGCUGUACCUAUCAUGUUCUAUGCUAUCAUGUUAUAUUAUCUACGAAAUAAUUGCGAUAAGACACUAUCACAGAACUAUUAACAUUCCGUGUAUUGCAAAGUUGGCAACAUUGGUGAUUUCCUCGACGGUUAACCGUUUUUUACAAAGUGUGAACCUUGAUGUCGAGUCGUCAACGGAUGCAUCGGACGAAUUCGCUAAGCUCUUGAAACUAUCUGAGCAAUCGCAUUUAGAAUAUGAAGAUGCAAAGACCAGGCUAGAGGAGACCAACAAGGAAAUAAAUCAUUACGAUGAACAGUUGAACAUUAUUGAAAGGGAACGUGUUAAACUCAUGUCUGAGUUGGCUCUUCAAAUGCAGAUGAAACAUGACUUAAAGAAUAAAGUAGAGGGCCUGAAUAAUAUACUGCAAUCAACAGAGUUUGACUUAAAAAAAUAUAACAAAAUGAAGUUAAGUGCUGCUGAUCUAGAUAUUUUCUCUCAUACUAAAAAAACAUUCAUUACUUAUAAAAAUAUAUUGAAGAUAUAUUUUGAUUAUUCCAAUGGUGCAAACGCAACUACACAAAAAGGAUAUACGUUUAACCGAAUUACAAAAAAAUUAGCUUACUUUGAGUUUAAUACAGAUGAAAAAACAGACAAUGAAAUUGCAGUAUGCUUAUGGAAUAAAAUUAAGUUAGUUUCAGAUAAAACUUGGGAAAUGUUAACUGAAUAGUAAUUUUUUUACCUGUAAUGAAGGCAUAAUAUUAUGUAUUUUUAAAAAAAUAAUUGUAAUUAGGAAUUUGAUUUUUAUCUUGAACAAUUGUGAACUGCCAUUUGGCUUAUUAGUUAUUUUUUUUAAUAUAAAUAUAAUAUGACAUAUUUUUACUACAGUUACUAACCAUUUUGUUAAAUAAAAGUUUUUUAUCAUACAAAUUGUACAUUGCUCAUUAGUUAUUAAAUAUUUUGUUUUAUAAAAAUUAAAUAUUUCUAAUUGAAGAAUCUUCAAAUAACAUUUGAAAAGAAAUAUUUAAAUGGUGUUUGUUAAAAUAUUAUUAUGUAUAGUGUAUACUAUAUGUUAAAUGUUUAAUAAUAUUAUCUUAUACUAGAUUGGUUUUUAAUUGUACUUUACUAUAGUAUAAUAAGAUGAAGAAUGUAUAACAUAGUAUUUGUAGUUAGGUCUAUUAGUAUAAUAUACUAUCAAUUAAAUAUUUUAAAUUUUAAAUGUAUUAACUUGGUAAUUUUAAUUUGUACAUAAUCAGGUAAACUGUGUGAUGCUAAUAAAUAUUAUUUGGACAAAUAA